GCGCGCUGCAUGGCGGGAUUUGUAGUCCCGCGGGUGAGAGGCGCCUGCGCAGAGCGACGCGGCGCUUUAUCGGCGCAUGCGUGCGGCGACGGCGCCAGACUCAGAGUCUCCAGCUUCCGGCGCGCGGUCCGUGCGGAGGGAGGCAUGGCGGCGCCCACCGCGGUCCUGGGCCCCUCGGCCCUCGGCCAGAGCGGCCCCGGCUCGAUAGCGCCCUGGUGCUCUGUGAGCAGUGGCCCUUCUCGUUACGUGCUCGGGAUGCAGGAGCUCUUCCGAGGCCACAGCAAGACGCGCGAAUUCCCGGCGCACAGUGCCAAGGUGCACUCGGUCGCCUGGAGCUGCGAUGGCCGUCGCUUGGCCUCGGGGUCCUUCGACAAGACUGCCAGCGUGUUCUUACUGGAGAAGGACCGGCUGGUCAAAGAAAACAACUACCGGGGCCACGGGGAUAGCGUGGACCAGCUUUGUUGGCACCCAAGCAACCCUGACCUCUUUGUCACCGCAUCUGGAGAUAAAACCAUUCGCAUCUGGGAUGUGAGGACUACAAAAUGCAUCGCCACUGUGAACACGAAAGGGGAGAACAUUAACAUCUGCUGGAGUCCUGAUGGGCAGACCAUCGCUGUGGGCAACAAGGAUGACGUCGUGACCUUCAUUGAUGCCAAGACACACCGCUCCAAAGCAGAGGAGCAGUUCAAGUUUGAGGUCAAUGAGAUCUCGUGGAACAACGACAACAACAUGUUCUUCUUGACCAACGGCAACGGUUGCAUCAACAUCCUCAGCUACCCAGAACUGAAGCCUGUGCAGUCCAUCAAUGCCCAUCCUUCUAACUGCAUCUGUAUCAAGUUUGACCCCAUGGGGAAAUACUUUGCCACAGGAAGUGCAGAUGCCUUGGUCAGCCUUUGGGACGUUGACGAGUUAGUGUGCGUGCGGUGCUUUUCCAGACUAGAUUGGCCUGUAAGGACCCUCAGUUUUAGCCACGAUGGGAAAAUGCUGGCGUCGGCUUCGGAGGACCAUUUCAUUGACAUAGCUGAAGUGGAGACAGGAGACAAGCUAUGGGAGGUGCAGUGUGAGUCCCCGACUUUCACCGUGGCUUGGCACCCCAAGAGGCCUCUGCUGGCUUUUGCCUGUGAUGACAAAGAUGGCAAAUAUGACAGCAGUCGGGAGGCUGGGACUGUGAAGCUAUUUGGGCUUCCCAAUGACUCCUGAGAGGGCCAGCAGCCAGAGGAGAGAGGAGGCUGUGUGGACUCUUCGGGCUACCUAAUGACUGUACCUUGCAGGGAGAGGAGACCUGGGCUUUCUAACCUGAUGGGAGAGCAGCUGGGCGCAGGCCUUCCUUUUGUAUAGUUCAGCGUAGUCUUUUGGACUUGUGGGCACCCUAAAUGUUUAUAAAUGUCAUAAAUUAC